GUAAUGUUCUAAUACGGUGACUAAGGCCAGCCGUACACGGACUGCUUCAAGCAGUUAUGACCGACUGCUUGAAGCCGCGACCGCGCGGUGAACUAUAGCCAUUCAUUCGCUGCCGUACACACGACUGCUCGAGCAGUCGCGACCGCUUCAAGCCGUCAACUGCAUGAUGAAAUUCCAUCGUGCCGUCGACCGCUCGCGAGCGGUUGCGAGGCAUACACCGACUGCUCGAGCCGUUGACUGCGCUAGAGCAGUCGACAGCUCUCCGACUUCCCUCUCCCCCCCCGCCCUUUGCGGCCUCGCGGCGUCUGUUUUCUCAUUUGCCGGCUGUUUUUUGAACAUGGAGGGCGUGUGCGAUAGUGAUGCCCUUAUUAGCGCAAUUAAAACGCAAGAACUUAUUUGGAACUAUAAACUUAAGGAACACAGCGACAAAAUAAAGAAGAACAAUGCAUGGGCAAUUAUUUGUGCCCAAGUAAUUGAGAACUUUGAUGAAAAACCAGUUGAAGAAAAAAAUCAAAUCGCCAUGUUAAUACAGAAAAAAUGGAAAACAUUAAGAGAUGGAUACACCAGAUAUGCUAAAAAAAUUAAACCAAAGAGUGGUUCAGCAGCCCUCAACAUUCGGCCAUAUGCAUAUUAUCAGCAGAUGUCUUUUUUAAAGGCAAUAAUAGAAGAUAGACCCGACAAAACAAAUAGUUUACAAGAGAGUGAGCACACUGAAAUUACGUCCGGAGAAACCGAAAAUGGUCAAAAUAAAAUACCCAGAGAAAGAAACAAAAGAAAAUUAACUACUAAAAUCACAGAUGAGAACGUCUUAAUUGAAAAAUUAUCCAAACGUUUAGAUGAAAAAACGCAGAAUUCGCGCAUUGAUAAUGAAGAUGAAGAUAAAUUGUUUUUACUAUCAUUAGUUGGCGAAUUAAAAAAAAUUAAUGAGCAUUAUAAAUUAGAUGCUAAGACCGAAAUACUUAACGUAGUGAAAUACUUUAAAGGGAUGACAAAUCACACAUAUCCUUCGAGUUAUGGUGACAGGGGAUAUUCAUCGUUUAAUGAUUAUCGUGGACCAUGGGGUUAUAAUACUGGCCCCUCUACCUCUACAUCAGUGCCUGGUCCCUCUAGAUCAGCAACCGGCCCCUCUACAUCAAUGGCUGAUGACCAAAAUUCUCAAUUUGAAGACCUUUCAUCAUGUUCUGUAAUGUCCGAUGAUGUAAUUUCCAAUAUUUUUAAUGAAUAAAAAUUUUAAUAAUUA